AUGCCAUCAUCAUCUCAUUUAUCAAAUUCAAAUGAUCAAUGUGAUCACUGUCAUACGACAUAUACUAUAGUCAAAAGAAAAAAAAGUUGUGCUGUAUGUCGUCAAUAUUAUUGUACAAGUUGUGCACCACGUGAACGUCAUUAUAAUCAACCACAUCGUAUAUGUUUGAUAUGUCAACUAAUAUCGAGUGAUUCAACAACAGAUGAACAAUUAUUAGCAUUAAAAGUUAAACAUUUAAGGUGCUACUUACAGGCGAAAAAUAUAUCUUAUCAUACAUGUACAGAAAAACAAGAACUUGUCGAUUUAAUUGUAAGAAAUAGACAUUUACCGUUUACACGUUUAUUUAUUCAACAACAACAACAACAACAAGCACAACAAACUUCAACUUCUUAUCCUCCACCUCCUUCACAACCACAGCCACAACCACCACCACCGCCACCGUCAGCGUCAUCAUCAUCAUCAGCAACGACAACAAAUUCAAAUCAACAACAACAGCAAUUUCAUACAACAUUUAAUCAAUUUUCAACAUCCACAAGUGCUUCCUCAUCUACCUCAUCAUCCUCUUCUUCUUCAUCCUCAACAACGUCAACUGCUAUGCCACCACCACCACCACCACCUCCUCCUCAACCACCAAAACAUGGAAAUUUUACAAAUUUUCAACAUACAAUGUCAUCGUUUGCUAGUCAAAUGAAUCAUUUUGCUGCUAAUUUACAAGAUUACGUCACAAAUACAGUAUCUGGUGUUCUACAUCAUGCACUCGGCGAUCAUCAACAAACAACAACAACGACGACGACCACAAAUAAUGGAAAUGGAACAUCAUCAACAUUUAAUUUCGGUACAACUACGAAUGGACCAUUUACAUAUAGUUUUACAUCUCCGGGAAAUUUUGUUUAUACAACAACAACAAAUAGCACAACAGCUAGUCCACAACAACAGAGAAGAAAUACCACAACAACAACAACUACAACAAAUGAAACAACAGCUAGUUCUAAUACGCAGCAACAAGCAACCACAACUCAGCGACCACGUCGAAAAUCUCUUAGUGAAUUAAAUAAUGAACAAAAUAUUGAAGAUUUAAGUGUUCGAGAAUUAAAAGAAAUUUUAGUAGCAAAUUUUGUCGAUUAUAAAGGAUGUGUUGAAAAAAAUGAAUUAAUUGAAAAAGUUCGAAGACUUUAUCGUGAUCGACAAAAUGAAAAAAUCAAAGCUAAAGAACUUGAUAGUGCAACAGCGAGCGAUAGUGAAUUAUGUAAAGUAUGCAUGGAUGCCAUUGCUGAUUGUGUAUUUUUAGAUUGUGGUCAUAUGGUGACAUGUGUCAAAUGUGGAAAAUUACUCGCCGAAUGUCCAAUUUGUCGAUCGAAUAUUGUUCGUGUAUUUGAUAAUAAUAUAUCAUGGAUUCAACGAACAUUUAAAAAACGUGAAUGUAUGAAAUUUGUUCUAUCAAAAACUAAUCAAGAUAUAGGACGAUGUUGUUGUGGAAGAUAUUUACAUGAACAUAAUGAGAAUGUUCAAAUAGAAGCAAAUAAUAUAAAUUUUUUAUCAGUUAAUAAAGACGAACGAUGGUCUGUACAGAAACAUACACGAUGUGAACCAACAGAUGCUUUUGGUGUCAUUGAGUUCGAAGGUUUAGCACAUCCAACAAAAGCUCAAUAUUUACGUGUUGCACACGAUACACGACCAGAUUUAAUAUUAAAAUUAUUUUUACGUGUAUGGAAUUUAAAAUUACCACGUCUUGUUAUAUCGAUUGAUGGUGGUAUUGCAAAUUUUGAAUUACAACCAAAACUUAAACGUGUAUUGAAAAAAGGCCUUUUUCGAGCAGCUAAAACAACAGGUGCUUGGAUUAUAACAAAUGGAUGUCAACAAGGUGUUGUUAAACAUGUUGGCGAUGCUUUGUUUUCUAAAUCACCAAAAGCAAAAUCAGAUAUUGUCUGUAUUGGAUUUUCACCAUGGGGUGUUAUUGAAGGACGAGAAAAUUUAAUUGGUGUUAAUAAAGUUGUUUCAUAUCAUUCAAAAGCAAUAGCAACAAAAAAUAAUGCAACAUUAAAUAGUAAUCAUUAUAAUUUUUUACUUGUUGAUAAUGGGACAAAUGGAAAAUAUGGGGGAGAAAUUUUAUUAAGGAAGCGUUUCGAAAGAUUCUUAUUGAGACAAUCAAGUGUACAUACUUCUGAACAUUCAAACAUUCCUGUAGUAUGUGUUGUUGUCGAAGGUGGAACAAAUACAAUUCGAAUGGUAUUAGAACAUGUUACAGAUAAUCCACCAGUACCCGUCGUUAUUUGUGAUGGAAGUGGUCGUGCGGCUGAUCUGAUUUCGUUUACACAUCGAUAUGCUAGAGACGAUGGGUAUGGAAAUUAA